AUGGAUGCCAGAGACAAGCAGCUUUUACGCUCCCUGCGGCUGGAGCUCUGCACAGAGGUGCUGGUGGAUGGAGUUGUUAUCCAGUAUCUCUACCAAGAAGGGAUUCUCACAGACAGUCACGUUCAAGAAAUAAAAUCCCAAAGCACCAGCCAGAGGAAAACCAUGAUGCUCCUUGAUAUUCUCCCUACCAGAGGACCCAAAGCUUUUGAUGCUUUCUUGGAUUCCUUACAGGAGUUCCCGUGGGUUAAGGAGAAGCUGAUGGUGAAACGUAAGGAAGUGACAGUACAAGAUCCUGCAGUCUCUGUGGAGGUUGCUUUAUGCUUGCUCAGGAAUGGGCAAAUGAUUUUCAGAAUUUGGGAAAUAAAUGUCCAGUGCUGCCCACAGGGGAAAACACUGCAGGUUCUCAGCACAAUGCAAAGUUGUGGCCUUGACUGUGUUGGAUAA